AUGGCUCGAUUCCAGCCACCGGGAACGUUUGACUUCGCCGAUCCGACGCAAUGGGACGACUGGUUGGAGCGAUUCCGCCAGUUCCGAAAAGUCACGAAACUGCACAAAGAGGACGAAGACGUACAGGUCGCAACUCUGCUGUACACGAUGGGUCCACAGGCGACCACUGUAUUCAAGCAGCUGACGUUCGCCGACGCGGGUGAUCGAGAGAAAUAUAAGGAAGUGGAGACUAAACUCUCGGCCUACUUCAAGCCCGUUUCCAACGUCGUCCACGAACGAACGAUGUUCGAACGCGCCACCCAGUCGCCAUCCGAGACCGUGGACGAGUUUCUGCGUCGUCUCCACCGCAUCGCGGACAAAUGCGAGUUCAAGGACGCUCGCGAUGACCGCAUCCGCGAUCGCUUUAUGGCCAACCUGGUGGACAGGAAGCUCACCCUCGAGCUCCAGCUGCUCGACAAGCCAGACCUGGCCAAGGCUGCUACGCACGCCAGGAACUACGAGCAGGUGCACCGACAAGUGGCGGCGCAGCGCCACCAAUUGGAGAUCUCUGCACCCCCGCAAGCAGCAGCAGUACGAUCGAGCGCACCCAGCCAGCGCCGUCCCGACCACUCACCAGCGCUCCGCACAGGCCAGGAGCCCUGCAGAUGGUGUGGGAAACCGGCUACACACUCCCGACGUGAGUGUCCUGCUCGGUCUGAGAAGUGCAGCUCCUGUGGUAAAAUGGGCCACUACAGCAGGGUGUGCCUGUCCAAGGCCAGCAAGGCACCGCAACAGCAGUCAGCACACUCUGUGCAGCCGGCCAGCUGGUCGCCGCCAGACCAGAGCCAGUCACUGUUCAUGGGUGGUGUCACCGAUGCUAACCUGCUGGAGGGCGGACCCUGGAUGCGCUCAGUGACGAUCGGCCAAACACCGGUGGUGUUCAAGGUCGACACAGGUGCGGAUACAUCCGUGAUGAACGCCAGCACCUUUGCCAGCCUACAGCCCGCCCCAGCACUUAAGCGGCCAUCCACCAACCUGAUGGGACCCGAUGGCGCCCGGCUCAAUCUGGCCGGUCAGUUUUCCGUGGCCAGCCAGGCACUCACUGGCGAAGUUUUCAACCACGAGGUUUACGUGCUCGCUGGAGAUGGUGCCAAUCUGCUGAGCCGACAAGCCUCCAUCCGCAUGGGCUUCGUCCGACAAGGCAUAGGCCACAUCAAGGCAGACCCGACGCGUGCUGAGCCGUUGGGGUGUAUGCAAGGCCCGCCCGCCACCAUCCGGCUCAAACCCGACGCCCAGCCAUAUCACUGCCCAGUCGCUCGACGGGUGCCUUUCCCGCUGCUCCAGAAGGUAGAGGCCGAGUUAGCACGAAUGGUGGACACUGGCAUCGUCGAGCCCGUAACCGAGCCCACUGAGUGGUGCGCCCCAAUGGUGGCCGUCCGCAAGAAAUCAGGUGACGUCCGGAUCUGCGUCGACCUCAAGCGUCUGAAUGCGUCCGUGCAGCGUGAGUCCUUUGUCUUGCCGACUGUGGACGAGACACUUGCCAAGCUCGCCGGAGCCACGGUCUUCUCCACGCUCGACACACGCAAGGGUUUCUGGCAAGUACCCCUCGCCGCUUCUUCCCAACAUCUCGCCACAUUCAUCACACCCUUCGGCCGCUACAUGUUCCGACGUCUUCCAUUCGGGAUCACAUCGGCGCCCGAGAUUUUCCAGCGUCGGCUGAUGGCCAUACUGGAGGGAAUACAGGGUGUGUGUGUCUUCAUGGACGACAUUCUAGUGUACGGUGCUACCAUUGAAGCCCAUGACCUGGCUCUACAACAAGUUCGGGAGGCGCUAGCGGCUGCAUCCGUGACUCUGAACCCGGACAAGAGCCAUUUGCGCCAGCCGACAGUCAAAUUCCUGGGCCACCGGAUCAGUGCAAGCGGGGUCCAGCCCGAUCCUGACCGUGUCGCGGCAAUCCUGCAACUGGCUGCUCCUACUGAUGUCCCCGGUUUACGCCGGCUGCUAGGCCUCUUCAAUUAUGUGGGGAAGUUCAUUCCCGAUUUGGCCAGCAUCUCCGCACCUCUCCGUGCACUGCUCCGCACUGACGUCGCUUGGUUGUGGGACGCCCAGCAACAGGCGGCACUCGACCAGUUGAAGUCCCUCGUCGCUAAAGCCUGCACUCUCGCCUUCUUCGACCCAGCCAAGCCUGCCACGGUCAGUGCUGAUGCCAGCAGCUAUGGUCUCGGAGCUACCCUACUACAGAUGCACGACGGCGAGCUGCGCCCAGUCGCCUACGCUUCCAAGUCUCUCAGCGAUACCGAAAAGCGCUACGCACAGAUUGAGAAGGAGCUGCUCGCUGUGACAUGGGCCUGUGACCACUUCGCACAGUACCUCCAGGGUGGCUGUCCGUUUCAGGUGCAAACCGAUCACAAGCCUCUGGUGCCAUUGAUCAACGCCAGGGACCUCGACAACACGCCACUCCGGUGCCAGCGAAUGCUCAUGCGGCUGCUCCGAUACGACGUGACAGCUGUCUACGUGCCGGGUCCACGCCUCGUAGUUGCAGAUGCUCUGUCCCGGGCUCCCGGCGACGACAGCACCGAAACCUCCACCAUGGCCGACGUCAUCAACGACAUCGAAGCCCAUGUGUCCGCCGUCUCGGCUGAGUAUGCAUCGCCCGACUUCUGCAGCCGUGUUCGCCUCGCCAUAGCCGAUGAGGCCAUCCUCGCUCAGGUGCGCCAGUUCGUUGCCGCCGGCUGGCCCGACAAAGAGCACAGCAUCCCGGACAACCUCCACCCAUACUUCCACUCCAGGCAGGCCCUCUCCAUCGCCGAUGGCUGCCUGUACUUCGGCGAUCGGCUAGUCAUACCUGCGUCCCUGCAGUCCGAGGUCUUACGUGCAAUCCACGAGGGUCAUCAGGGCGUCACCAAGUGCCGUGCCCGUGCCCGGGCAGCAGUGUGGUGGCCAGGGCUUAGCAGUCAGAUCGCCGACACAGUCCGCAACUGCGAAGUCUGCAGCCGGACACGCCUGGUCCCCGCAGCUCCACUGCACCCUCUGCCACUCCCAGACCGCCCAUGGCAGCGCGUUGCGGCCGACCUCUUCACACUGGAUGGUAUCGACUACCUGAUUACGGUUGACUACUUCUCCCGAUUUGUAGAAGUGGAUCAGCUCCGCACCACCACCUCCGCCGCCAUCAUUGCGGCCCUCAACAUGCACUUUGCGCGGCACGGUUUCCCAGACAGCUUCGUUUCGGACAACGGGCCGCAGUUUGCUAGCUCGGAGUUCGCACUCUUCCUGACCCGUCACGAUAUCGAGCACCGUACCAGCUCACCUCGCUACCCGCAGAGCAAUGGCAUGGUAGAACGCUCAGUGCGCACCAUCAAGGAGCUACUCCGCAAGUCCACCGACCUCCCGACAGCUCUACUCGCGUAUCGCUCUACCCCGUUGCAAUGUGGUUUCACCCCUGCUCAGUUGUUAAUGGGGCGGCAACUCCGCUCCACAGUGCCAACACCCGCGGCCCAGCUGACACCAGCCUGGCCAGACCUGGAUCUGGUUCGCCGUCGAGAAGCUCAGCAGCAGGACCGGCAAGCCUCGGACUUCGACCGCAGACACCGUGUCCGGUCGCCCAGUCGGCUCGCAGCGGGGGACCGGGUGUGGGUUACAGACCUGCGCCAGGAAGGAGUGGUACAGCUACAGCUCAGCGAGCGAUCUUACAAUGUCAAGACAGCCACCUCCACCGUACGUCGAAACGCGAGGAGCCUCCGGCCACUCCCGCCAAGCCCAGCAGAAGUGGAGACACCAGCAGCCCCCAUCGCCCUGCAGCCCGAGGCCACCGGGACACGCGGCAGAGAAUCUCCCGUGGCGAGCUGCGACGGCACACCAGCUGCUGCCGAGGCCGGCACAAGUGCCACCUCCACUACGCGUUCAGGUCGCAAAGCCAUUGCACCUGAGCGGCUUAUCUCGACCAUAUGA